AUGACUACUUCGUCAAACAAACAAACAUUUCCGGUAACAACACGUGCUCCUGCUAUUGUGAUAGGAAUCCAAAAUUGGUUUCAAGAAGUUUUAUCAAACUCUAGCAAGGUUCAACAAUGGUCAGCUAAUGAACUCGAUGAUAAACUACAUCAUCUUUCGCACUGGAGUAAUUUUAAUGCACAAGGCUGGCGUAACUUUGUCAAUAAUACCAUUGCUAAGCUUGAUCCACCGAUGUCAUCAACUAAAAAUUUUACCUUUUUUGAAUUAGGCGUGGGUGUAGGUGCCUUUUCACGUCGAUUAUUACUUCAAUACCCAUAUGCUAAAGGUGUUGGAACUGAUAUUGUUACAAGUGCUGUUCUUAUUGCUCGAACCAUCUUACCACCAGAUCGUAUGAAACUUUAUACUGUAACGAAUAAUGACUACAGUAUGAUUGAUAAUAAUACAAUCGAUCAUAUUAUUGCUUCGGGUGUUAUUUGUUAUUUUCCAUCACUGGACAGUAUCGAAAAUUUAAUGAAAGAAUUAGUACGUAUCGCGAAACCUGGUGCAUCGAUGUGUUUCACUAUGAUACCAUUCGAUGCCUAUGGCAAGGUCUCAUGUAAUAUUAUUAUUUCACCAUCAUUUUGGUCAGAAAAUAGAAUAAGAUCUCUUGGAAUACGUGUUACAAGUAUACAGAAUAUGUCGGAAUGGAACUUACCACAUUCUCAUCAUCGAUAUUCUGUGAAUUUGAGAAAAGACAUUAUCACUUGA